AUGCCAGUCUCAUGUUCAGUGCACAGAUGUACAAAUAGACAGAUACGUGGUGGUUCCAAACAUUUUUUUAAGUUUCCUUUAAAAGAUCCCAAUAAACAACAAUUAUGGCUUGAUGCAGUUAAGCGUAAAGGAUUUAAUCCAAAUAAUUCUAGUAGAGUAUGUAGUGACCAUUUUUUACGCUCUGAUUUUGUGCCAAGACCUGGAGGAAGUUAUAAAUUAAUGUUAAAAGGUGAAUCAGUUCCUUCACUUCUUAUGUCUGGAAAUUUGGAACCUAAUAAAAAAAUGUGUAAUAUUGAAGCUAUCCAUGAAACACCACUACAAAGUACCAGUAUGACAAUUACACCUAAUUUAAAUCCUACAAUUUUGAAAUCACAGAAAUCUAUUGAAUCAGUUGCAAUUAAUUUAUCUGUCACUAGUACACCACCAAAUGUUAGUUUAACACCCAUCAAAACACCACACUCUAUAUCUCCUUUAUUAAAGACACCUUCAAAAUGUAUUCAGCACUCUCCUACAUUAGUAACACCUGCUAGGAGAUUGAACUUUCCAAAAUCGCCUAUAACUCAUUCUACACCAACUAAAACCAAGCUGAAGAAAAAACUGAAACUGUUACAACAGAGAGUUAGGCGUCAGCGAUUAAAGAUAAAUAGUUUACAACAACUAUUGAAAUCUUUAAAACAAAAAGGUUUGUUGAAUAGUGAUGAUGGUGAAGCUAUAAGUAGUAAAUUUGAAGGGCUUUCUCAAGAAAUUUUUAUAAAUCAGCUGAAAAAUUGUAAAAGGCAUGCUAAAGGUCAUCGGUACAGCGCUGAAAUAAAGAAAUUUGCUUUAACAUUGCACUAUUAUUCACCCAAAGCUUAUCAAUAUUGCCGGUUAGUAAAAUUGCAAUUUUUAUAUACAAAUGUCUCACAAAAGUACACAAAAAUAUGUCUACAUGGGUUGACAUAUUUUUAA